AAAUCUGAGAUGCACGUAACAUCAUCCAGUGGUCCAUUGGCUGUACACAAUGUCAUUUCUGUUCUGCGCUCUCCUGGCAUUUACGCGAGCGAGACGAGACGCGUGAGUAAUGCGAGUCGACGCAUCGAUUCCUCGUCGCGUUCCCGAUCGGUCUGCGUGCCACAGAGGCUCGAACGGACCGAGAUAGAUUAUGAUAACCCUGGGAGGACACGAGAUCAGAUCCCUUAGGCAUCGUGAUCCGCAGGGAGCCUGAAGAGAACCCGAUCGCAAGAUGCCCCAAUCGGACUCGUGAAUAACUAGACGCCUGCCGUUUACUCGAAAUGAUACCGCAAGCGAUCGUGUUGAUCCUCUCAGUGGGGGUAUGCUACAGCAACCCCGACGCGAAGAGACUGUACGACGACCUGUUGUCGAAUUACAAUCGGCUGAUUCGCCCCGUGUCCAACAAUACGGACACCGUUGUUGUUAAACUAGGACUACGUCUUUCUCAACUUAUAGAUCUCAAUUUGAAGGAUCAAAUCCUCACGACGAACGUUUGGCUGGAACACGAAUGGCAGGAUCAUAAGUUUCAAUGGGAUCCGGCUGAAUACGGAGGUGUCACUGAACUCUACGUGCCCAGCGAACACAUAUGGCUUCCAGACAUUGUCCUUUACAACAAUGCCGACGGAGAGUACGGAGUCACUACAAUGACGAAAGCUAUUCUACAUUACACUGGAAAAGUUCUUUGGACCCCACCAGCGAUUUUCAAGUCUUCGUGCGAGAUAGACGUUAGAUACUUCCCGUUCGAUCAACAAACAUGCUUCAUGAAGUUCGGUUCGUGGACCUACGACGGUUUUCAGAUCGACUUGAAGCACAUUAACCAGAACAUGGGCGACAAAGUAGAGGUUGGCAUCGAUCUCCGCGAAUAUUACCCCAGCGUAGAAUGGGAUAUACUGGGUGUCCCAGCGGAACGGCACAAGAAGUACUACCCCUGUUGCCUCGAGCCCUAUCCCGACAUCUUCUUCAACAUCACGUUACGUCGCAAAACAUUGUUCUACACGGUGAACCUGAUCGUGCCGUGCGUGAGCAUCUCCUAUUUGUCCGUGUUGGCCUUCUACCUGCCCGCCGACUCCGGCGAGAAGAUCGCUCUUUGCAUCAACAUUCUGCUGUCGCAGACGAUGUUUUUCCUCCUAAUAUCCGAGAUCAUACCAUCCACGUCGCUGGCGCUUCCGUUGCUGGGCAAGUACCUGCUGUUCACGAUGAUUCUGGUGGGCCUGUCCGUAAUAGUGACGAUCAUCAUACUGAACGUACACUAUCGGAAACCCAGCACCCACAAAAUGAGCCCGUGGGUCAGAAAGUUCUUCAUACGAAGAUUACCGAAAGUGCUGCUGAUGCGGGUGCCCGACGACCUCCUCAACGACCUCGCCGCGCACAAGAUAUACGGGAGGAGAAAAUCUGGCAAAAAGAACAAGUUCAACGCCGCUGUCGCGGCCGCUUUGCAAUCUUCCUCAAUAGUGUCAUCGCCAGAUUCUGCGCAACAUCAACGGAUUGGUGGAUGCAACGGCUUGCACACUACGACCGCGCAUAACAGAUUUCUGGGAGGUAUAGGCGGAUACAACGGGCUUCCAACGGUGAUGUCCGGCCUGGAUGAAUCGUUGAGCGACGUCACCCCGAAGAAGAAGUAUCCCUUCGAGCUCGAGAAAGCUUUGCACAAUGUGAUGUUCAUUCAACACCAUAUCCAACGUCAAGACGAAUUCAAUGCGGAAGACCAGGACUGGGGCUUCGUGGCGAUGGUUCUGGACCGACUCUUCCUCUGGAUUUUCUCGAUAGCCUCCUUCGUCGGCACGAUCGUCAUCCUGUGCGAGGCUCCGUCGCUUUACGAUGACACCAAACCGAUCGACAUGGAGUACUCCUCUGUCGCUCAACAGCAAUUUCUCCCAAAUGGUGACUUGCUAGACACUCUUGUGUAGAACAGUUAGAAAAAAAAGUAAGAGACGAGGAAACCGAGGUACUGAUUCGUCGUCAUCUUCCACUUAGACGUUAUUUUCCUUCCUGAACUUUAUAAUAUUCUUUAUAGAGAGACAUGGUGUCCUGUGAAGUGUAUCAACACCUCCGGCUUCUUCGUCUUUUUGUCAGAACGUAUACAAUGCUCGAUACAAGUCUCGUGUUUGAAAUACAUAUAUACAUUUCAUUUGUACUUAUCAUUAUAAUACGUGCACAGGACGAACAAGUGCUCUUGAGUAACGAUAAAUCUGUUAUUAAUGCCGUUGACGAGAACGUUUCAAUAUUAAUUGUAGAUGUUUUGUAACGUCGAUUAACGUAGAAGACGCGGACAGGAUGUAAAACGCCUGUCGACGUCUAAACCGCGUAUAGCGAAAACUCGUCAACUGCUCGAGUUAAUA